CUCUUGGACUUUUUGCAUGAUAACAACCCCAGCGUUCGCCAUUUGGCACUUGAACGCCUGUUAGGUUAUACAGUCAAGUCUUCACAAUUUCAGCACAUUUUCAGGCGGAAUGGCAUGAGACCCAUCAAGGACUUAAAAUUCCUUUGCAAGGAUGAGCCGGUGAUCGCGCAUGAAGCAUUCAAAGCCUUGGUAAAUCUAACUGGCGAAGAUGAUAUACGUGAAGAGCUAAAUGAUGAUGAUUUUUUGAAAUUUUUGAUUAAGAUAAUCACGGAUCGACAUUCCAUUCUUGCAGAUAUGGCGUGUAUGCUCUUAUCAAACAUCACCAAGAAUGAAAGAAUUUCGGAAAAGAUUUUACCAAUGGAAUCUCAGUCAGUUAAAGGAUUAUCCAGCUCGAAAAGAUCCAUAGACCACUUAGUCGAUUUAUUUGUCAAUGGUCUAGAUAGAUCAUAUAAUCAAGAAGCUGAAUUCCAUUUCUUGGCUAGUGUGUUUGCAAACAUGACCAUGGAUAUGGAAGGAAUGCCCGAAGACAUUCAGCUCCUACCUUCCGACAAGAAACGUGAGCCCGAUGCACAUUUGAGGCAGAUCCUCUUGGAAUCGCUUGUACUUUUGACCACCACCCGGAGCGGACGGGAAAUAUUACGCGAGAAAAAAGUUUAUCCCGUUGUUCGUCAAAUGCAUCUCGCCGAAAAAGACGACAGAUUGUCAAAUGUGAUUGAUCAGAUAGUUAACAUGUUAAUGAGAGAUGAUGCGCCCGAAGAACACCAUGAUGCUGCCCCCAGUUCAGGUGGUUGUCUUAACUCUCAGAAAAAUAUGCAUGAUAACGAUAAUGUUAUUGAGGAAUUGUAA